AUGCGGCUUCGCCACCAGCUUGUCGCAUUCUCGAGGUAUAGGAGCCCUCUGGACGUUAAUGCCAUUCGUAGUCAUGGAAUGUGCUCGAGCCUGCAAUACGAGUACGAGCAGGCUAGUCUGCCAGGCCAAGACAACAUCUACGAUGCUCGAUCGGCAGAUAUGCGUCGUCGGUUCUACUUCAAGUACGGGGCGCUCCAUACAGAACAUACAGAGACCUGGACGCUGGGCCCUGCAUUCUUCCCACUACGGACCGAAUUUCCGCUAGCGAGCGCCAUUUCGCCGGCAUCUCUUUCCACCAUGGCCGAGGGCAGCUACGGCAGCAGUCCCUUUUACCGGUCGGCCGUGUCGUCGCCCACGGAAUCGGGAACGGUGACAGCAAACUACAAGGCCAACGUGAGCCGGAAGAAGACGCGGAAAUGGGUCGAGGCCAAGACGAUCAACUACGACGGCAGCGGCUGGGGGGACGAGGACGACGAUGACGAUGGGGAUGACGACGGAGCCCACAUGGCCGGCGGUGUACCACCGCCGAUGCCCAGUCUUCCCGGAACCAUGCUGUCUGGCAUCCGCACGCUGCCGUCUAUAGCUGGUGCCAGUGCAGCCGCCAGUCCGACGACGGCGACACAUCGUCCACGACAGGACUCGCUGCCGACGCGGCCGCUGCUAAACGGACAGACGGCAGCAGCAGGAGAGUCGGCUUCGACACAGCCGCCGUCACAAUUGCCGUCCUUGCCGUCCCAGCAGUCCUGGCGCCAGGGCUCGCCGGCGCUGCCGUCCAACAGCCAAAGCAAUAGCAGCAACCGGAGCAGCAGCAUCGGCACGCCGGCCGCUCGCACUCUCUCAAGCGUCCCGUCCUCCAGCACCGCUCCUCCGCUGCACGCCGAGCUGCCGCGGUCUGGAUCCAUGCCGCCAGCCGCCCGACGCCAGCCUUGGACGUCCGAGGCUCGCUCGCAGUCGCCUUUGGGCCCGCGUGCACAGUCGCCGGCUGCGGCCGCUGUUCGUCGAGCUGCCACGGCCAAUGCCAGCGCUCUUGCCAACGGCAGCACCAGCAGCCUCGUUCGCCCGUCGGAAAUCUACCGGCGUGGUACAUCCAGCGAGGAGACCGUGCCACAGCAACAACAAGCGUCAUCAAGUCCAGGAAACAACGCCACCGCGGUCGCACCUGCCGCCUCGGCCAACAUUCGAUCACCAGAAACACCCGUCCGAGAAAUCGCCGCAGCCGCAGCUGCAGCCUUCCAGACUCCCAUCAUCAUAGCACCCUCACCUGGUCCCCAUUCUCAACACAAGCCAAAGGUCUCGACUGACUCGGCUGCAUCUUCUGCUGCCAGCACGGCCGCCGAAGAGGAGGCCCGUCGGUUCUCCAACUUCCCUAAGCUCCCUAGCCUGGCCCGCUUCUCGACCUUUGCUCCUGAGCUGCUCUUUGGAGAGACAAGCCUGCUCUCUUCCGAUGGUGCGCCUCCUGUUCCGGCCCUGCCACCGGCCGCAGGAAAGGUAGAGGCAGCAGCCCCGCUGGCCGUGGCGCCCACAGCGGCUGCCUUGUCGGGUGACGCCAGCACAAAGAAGCUGGCCGACAUGGCGGAGGUUCCCGGAGAUCGGUCCGAGGUUCUCCUAGAUCGUGUCGCUUCGCCGCCGCCGCCGAGCACCGUGGUGACCCCGACGGCACCCCUCAAUCCACACCGGGGCGCGCUGCCGCUUGCUGACGGCGUGCCGCCGCCGCUGGCCACGACCACGCUCAAGCGGUCCGGAACGAACACGACAGAAUCCAGCGGCACAGUCGGGACGCCCAAAGAGAGCGACAAGCUGCACGAGGAGAUCAUUCGCACGCUGACGCCGGCCAAUCUGGCGAGCGGGAACGCGAACGCGACCACGGACACGGCUGCUGGCGAGCAGUCGGACCGCGAGGAUGGAAAGCUGACGCGCGAGAGCUCCUAUCUGCAGAGCGUCUACGACGAGUACUGGACUGCCGACGACGUCGACGACGCCUCCGCAGAACCGGUGCCACCUCUGCCCCACGUCCCCAUGUUGACGGCGGCUGCAGCAGCGGCAGAGGUAGCCGGAGCAGCAGCCCUGGUGGCCUCGGGCUCACAGCUUGAGCUGGGUGGGCAGAAGGCUGAGCAGAAGGCUGAGCAGAAGGCUGAGCAGAGCCCGGAGCUGAAACCGGAGCCGAUCCCGGAGCCAAUCCUGAAGACGACCCCUACCCUGUCAACACCAGAACCGGCAACGCUGAAAUCCCCGGCUGUCUCGCCCGACGCCAGGAUUCGACGCCGCUUCUCGUGGGAGGGCGAGUCUCAGGCCGCGUCUCGAGCAGCGUCUGCUACGGCAUCUGCUGCUGAGGUCGAUGGCAGCUCAGCGCCUGAGCCAGCUCCUCCGUCAUCGGCGGCAGCAGUGCGGAUGUCGGUAGAGCCACCAAUUCCGGUGGAGCUGGAGGACCCUAGAUCGCCGGCAUCUCUCUUCAGCGCGUUUGAGCUCCACACGCUAGCGACAGAGGCGCCGCCAGUCGAUGCAGACUCGGCCCCAGAGGUCGUGCAGUCGACCACACAGCCGGCCCUGCGAUCGAUGUUGGACGUGGUUGCAGACGAGCCGAAAGCACCGGCCAUUGUCGGACUGCCGGUGUCUCCGCGACCGCCGCACCAGCGACAGCCGUCGGCAGCGACAGGCCCGAGAGAGUCGGUGCUGUCGGCGCACUCGCACUCGUCCACACAGUCGGCGCAGUCGACCCAGCUGGCCCCGUCGGCCCAACUGAUUGGCGGCUACGGCCAGGACGAGGGCAACAGCGGCCAGCUGCUGACGCUGCGGCAGUGUAUGGCCUUUGAGACGCACGAGGAGCGUAUGACCAAGCUGGCCGAGACGCGGAGCGAGUACGCCAACGCAGACUCGGGCCUGCUCGCGUGGCUCAGCGCCAUGACGGCCGUGCCCGAGUACGCCCGGGCGUCGUAUGUGCCAAUCUGGGAGACCGUCUCGGCCGGCCAGCCACCACCAUCCCGACCGGCGGCUGCACUCGCCAGCAUACCGUCGAUCCCGUCGAGCAACCACAUCUCGCACAAGGGCAAGGAGAUCUUGGCAGCCACAGGCAAGGCCGGCAAAGGGCUCUUUUCCUUGCGGAAGAAGGGCUUCCACAAGAAGGCGGCCAACUGA